GUGAACUCGACUUUUCAAUCUCAUUCCUUUGGUUUUGGCUUUCAAUGUUCCUUUCAAUUGAGGGAUUCAUCUCAAUUUCUUCACCUAAAUUCAGAGCAUAAGCCCUAGCACGGCCACCCCUUUGACCUCUACCUCUUUGAGCCAUACACAAGCAAUAGUGAACGCCCCAAUAUCAAUUGCAAAUUUCAGGAUUCCUAACUCAAGAGAAUGAAACCAGUCCAAUUCAGAAUCAAGAAUCAAAAUCAAGAAAUGAAAGGAGAUCGAAGCAGUUACCUCAAUCAGGUGCCAAAAAAACAGAUCCAAACUCGAACAAGAAUUAGACCCAAAUCACCCUCGCAAUAUCCAGACGUAGUCGAUCCAAACCUGCGAAUUCCAUCGACCAGACCUGCAAAAACCAAUCGCAGGUGUGAAGUCCAAUCACGAGUUGAUUCUAUCUCGAUCGAUUGCAUUACAAGUUCGAACUGUGACGAAAACUGGAUUCAAAGUCGAUGUAGUUGAAUCACGAUCAAGAAUCAACCCACGGACAACCAGUUCGCAAAAUCAAUUCCAGUAGCAAAAAAAAAAAAAAAGAAAGGUCACGAACUCAAAUCUGGCCAGGUCAUGACUAUCCAGACGAUUGCGAACUCAGGUCGCAAUUGACUAGGGUCGAAAUGAAUUACCCAGGUGUUGCAAACUAGAAACGAACAAUGGUUCUUCUUCAAUCCGUCGGAUUUGAUGAUCAGAUGGCAAAAAAAAGACAGGACUCUGUCAUCCAACAGCUUCAGUGGACCAAUUCCACCUUCAAUUGGUAAUCUCUUUAAUCUUUAUUGGCUGGAUCUGAGUGUCAAUAAGCUUUCUGGAACUAUCCCUGUCUCACCUGGUCUGGAUAUGCUGGUUAAUACAAAGCACUUUCAUUGUGGAAGCAAUCAGCUCUCUGGUGAAAUCCCAUCUCAGCUUUUCAAAUCAAAUAUGUCUCUGAUACAUGUGCUUUUCAACAACAACGCACUCAGUGGCAAGAUCCCUUCAAUGCUAGGACUAGUGCAGACUCUGGAGAUAUUGUUCUUGUCGAACAAUCAACUGACUGGCCCCUUGCCCGAUCUGACGGGCUUGAAUUCUCUCAGCUAUGUGGAUUUAAGCAAUAAUACUUUUGACAAAUCAGAUUUUCCUUCGUGGUUUUCAACCUUGCAGUCUUUGGAAACAUUAAUGAUGGAAAACACAAGACUUCAAGGUCAAAUUCCAGAUGCCUUCUUCAGCCUUCCACUGUUAAUAAAAGUUGUGUUGAGGAACAACAAACUUAAUGGCAUUUUGGUUGUCAACUCCAGCAAUAACAACCAACUGCAACUUAUAGAUUUGCAGAACAAUUACAUAACUGGCUAUGUGGUGGGAACGCGAUUUAACUCUGAGUUAAUACUUGUAGGAAAUCCAGUUUGCGAGGGAGCACAAGGGACAGAACCACACUGCAUCAUUCAACAGUCAAAUUCCUCAUAUUCAACAGAACCAAAGACUUGUAUGCAUGUUACCUGCAAGUCACAUCAAAUAUCCAGCCCCAACUGUAGAUGUGCUCAUCCAUAUACGUGUUUCCUAUUCUUCGGAGCUCCUUCCUUUAAUGUCCCAAACUCAAAAAUCUACACAUUACUCGAGAAUUCUCUGAUGAGUUCUUUUCAGUCCUAUCAACUCCCUGUGGAUUCAGUUUCUCUGAGAAAAAAUUCAGAUGAUUCCCCCAUCAUACUAAGAUUAGAAGUUUUUCCAUAUGGUGUAGAGAGUUUUAAUCGAACAGAAAUUUCUGGGAUUGCGUUUGUGCUGACCAACAUGACUUUGUAUCCUAUGAAGCGUUUUGGGCCCUUUUUUUGGUUCCCAUAUUUUGCAGGAGCAAAGAAAUCAUCAAGUACUGGCAUUAUCGUCGGAGUGGCAGUUGGUUGUUCUUUGCUUGUGUUAUUGUGUCUCCUUGCAGGAAUUUAUGCUUUCCGUCAGAAGAGAAGAGCUGAAAUUUCUGAAAAACAGAACAAUCCUUUUGCUUCUUGGCACCAAAAUGAAAGCCAAGGUGGUGCUCCUCAAUUAAAAGGAGCUAGGUGUUUCUCAUUUGAAGACCUGAAGAAAUACACAAACAAUUUCUCAGAUGCCAACUGUAUUGGAGCUGGUGGCUACGGAAAGGUAUAUAGAGGAACUCUUCCCACUGAGCAACUGGUUGCCAUCAAAAGGGCUAAACAAGGAUCUACUCAGGGUGGUCUUGAAUUUAAAAGUGAGCUUGAACUUCUAUCCAGGAUUCAUCAUAAGAAUGUUGUCAGCCUUGUGGGUUUCUGUUUUGAGCAAGGCGAACAAAUGUUGGUGUAUGAGUAUAUUGCAAAUGGUACACUGAAGGAGAGUCUUUCAGGGAAAUCUGGAAUCAGGCUGGAUUGGAUGAGGAGACUUCAAAUAGCCCUUGGAGCAGCAAGAGGUUUGCAAUAUCUGCAUGAGCUUGCCAACCCUCCGAUCAUACAUGGGGACAUCAAAUCAAACAAUAUCUUAUUGGAUGAAUACUUGAAUGCAAAAGUUUCUGAUUUUGGUCUGUCCAUGAGUAUUGCUGACCCCAAAAACUUUCAUAUUACCACUCAAGUCAAGGGGACAAUGGGCUACUUAGAUCCUGAAUAUUGCAUGACCCAGCAGUUGACUGUGAAGAGUGAUGUUUAUGGCUUUGGAGUGCUAAUGAUUGAGCUGAUAACUGCGAAACAGCCGAUUGAGAAAGACAAAUACAUUGUAAGUGAGGUGUGGCAGAAAAUGGACAAGACAGAGGAUCUAUAUGAUCUUCAUGAGAUUCUUGAUCCAAACAUUUUGGGCACUGCAGUGAAAGGUUUAGAGAAAUUUGUGGAUUUGGCAAUGAGGUGUGUCGAAGAAGAAGGAGCUGCAAGGCCUACAAUGUGUGAGGUGGUAAAAGAGAUUGAAAACAUCAUGCAAAUUGCCCCUAAUACUGACUCGGUGUCCACUUCAGUUGGUUUUGAAGGGACUAGCAACUAUCCUCAUAGCAAAGAAAGCCUCAUUAUUUGUAGCAGGGCCUUGGCACGUUAAAGGUUGGUGCCCCAGCAAGUCUUAUUAAGCAUUUUCGUGUUAGAACAUGUGAGCUUUUUGAUGUUUGUACCAUGUGGGAAGAAUCAAACCACGUAUUGUAAUGAAUUCUUGGCUUUUCUUUCUUUUGUCGGACAGUCUUAGGUGUGUUGCCUGUCUGGUAGACUAUAAACAAGUGAAGAGAAAAGUGAAACGAAAUCAAAAUAUUGAUGUACAAACUGUGUGUAUAUUAAGCUAAGUCUUGUGAUUUUUCUAUAAAUAAGCUACUAUUUUCUGUUCUAAGCAA